AGGAGGCACUUAUCCAUGUACGACAAUAUUGAAGAAUUUUUGCAAACCCAAAAUAACCUGAUGCCAAUAAGGUACUCUUUCUCAGAAAUUAAGAAAAUGACCAAAGGUUUUAAGGAAACUUUGGGUGAAGGGGGAUUUGGCACAGUAUUUAAAGGGACACUUCGAAGUGGACAUCUUGUAGCAGUAAAGAUGUUAAGCCAAUCCAAAGCAAAUGGGCAAGAUUUUAUCAAUGAAGUAGCCACCAUUGGAAGGAUCCAUCAUGUGAAUAUAGUGCAACUCAUUGGCUUUUGUGUUCACGGUUCAAAGCGUGCCCUUAUAUAUGAGUUCAUGCCCAACGGAUCCCUAAACAAGCACAUUUUUUCAUUAGAGGCAAAUAUUCUCAACUAUGUGAAAACACAUGAUAUUGCUUUAGGAGUGGCUCGUGGGAUUGAGUAUUUACAUCAAGGAUGUGACAUGCAAAUUUUACAUUUUGACAUUAAGCCUCACAACAUUCUUCUUGACGAGAAUUUGAAACCCAAAGUUUCAGAUUUUGGCUUAGCAAAAUUGUACCCGGUGGAAGAUAGUAUUGUUCAUUUGACUGGUGCAAGAGGAACGCUUGGAUACAUGGCUCCUGAAAUACUUUACAAAAAUAUUGGAGACGUUUCAUACAAAGCUGAUGUCUAUAGCUUUGGAAUGUUGUUGAUGGAAAUGGUGAGCAGAAGAAAGAACUUGGAUCCAUUUACAGAACAUUUAAGCCAAAUUUACUUUCCCACUUGGAUAUAUGAUCAAUUCCAUGAUGGAAAGAAUAUAGAAAUACAAGAUGCUACUGAAGAUGAAAGGAUAAUAUGUAAGAAGAUGAUGAUAGUCGCAUUAUGGUGCAUACAAUUGAAGCCUAGUGAUCGUCCAUCAAUGAACAAAGUCGUCAAAAUGCUUGAAGGAGAUGUUGAAUGUUUACAAGUUCCUCUCAAGCCUCUCCAACCAUCACCAAAGAGAGAGAUAAAGGGUGCUAGAGAUAAUUCAAAUCAAGCUUCAUCGUCAAUUCAAUCAGAUGAAUCAAAUCGUAUUUAAUUUUUCUUGUUUA